UUGUCUUUUUAUGAUUAAGCAGGAAAUAAAUUAUUACUAAAAUUUGUAGAUCCGAUCAGUCUAGAAAAUCUCCUAGAGUAAUAAGAACACUGCUCCACUCUUUUGCCCCCCAGAGUCACAGAUACUAAUCACUCUGGUCUUCUCCCACAAAACCACAAUGAGAUCUCUCAUUUCAGUUCUUAUAAUUGCCGCCAUCGUUGCGCUCUCAGAUGCCAACCCAACAUUCUCUCAACCCCAAGCUCUUGAAUCCUUCAAGCUCAAUGAAACCCAGCACCAGAAUCAGGCUAGUUGUUCAUACAGAGUGUCCAUAAAGACAAGCUGCUCUUCACCUCGAUACACCAGAGAUCAGAUCAGUCUCGCAUUUGGCGAUGCUUAUGGCAAUCAGGUUUAUGCCCCACGGAUAGAUGACCCAUCUUCUGGGGCAUUCGAACGGUGCUCUACGGAUACGUAUGAGGUAUACGGUCAAUGUACGUAUCAAAUUUGCUACCUGUAUCUGUACAGGAGUGGAUACGAUGGUUGGAGACCAGAGAAAGUAACAGUGUAUGGAUAUUACACCAAGGCCAUUACGUUUUACUUCAACACCUUCAUUCCCAAUGGCAUCUGGUAUGGAUUCAACUUGUGCCAGGGUUCUGCAGUUUCUAAAGCAACAGAGUAGUAAUAAUGUGGCAAUGGAGUUCAAAGGAUGAACUGAAUUCAUAUUGCAGACCAGAAAAUAAAUAAUGUAGUGAUGGACCGAAUCACGCUUUGGAUGUUUUCUUGGGUAGGUUUUCGUGGGUCUGUGAGUCUAGUUGAGUCUCUUGGUUGAUUCUAUGUUACCAUGUGAUGUUGGCUUAAUUUUUGUUGUUAGAUGAUCUUUUUAAUGUACUAUUCCGUCUAGUUAAAA